AACCUGUCCAAUCGUCUUUUCGUGAACUGUCAACUCAGUCGCAAUCGUAUCGACGGGCACCUUUCGUCGAGGGCCUCAAUUGCAAAUUCCGACUAAAAACAGAAAUAGGAAUAAAUCAAAAAUGAUUAACGCCGUUUCGAGAGCCUAUUUGCGGGGAACCAGCCAGGUAGUGUCGAACGCUCUGAAACCUGUCGUCGCUGCAGUUCCAGGUCAGGACAAAGUCGUUAUUAGCUCUAGAGCUCCCGACAGUUCAUUACCCAAGGGGUCCAUCCAAGUAAAAACAGGACUUACAACCGCAACUCAAGUCCGUUGUGCACACACCGAUCUGGCGGUACCUGACUUCUCGCCAUACAGGCGCGAAGCAACGCAACGACCUGGCCGCAAAAACGACACCCAUGAAGAUCGCAAAGCGUUCACUUACAUGAUGGUGGGUGCCACCACUGUGGGAACGGCGUACGGUGCAAAGGCUCUCGUCACUCAGUUGGUCAGCUCCAUGAGUGCUUCGGCCGAUGUAUUGGCUUUGGCCAAGAUCGAAAUCAAACUUGCCGACAUUCCCGAAGGCAAGUCGAUGACAUUCAAGUGGAGAGGAAAGCCCCUCUUCAUCAGGCACCGAACCGGCGAGGAAAUCAAUACUGAAAAGUCUGUUCCAGUGUCCACGCUUCGUGAUCCACAACAUGACGACCAACGCGUUCAGAAAUCUGAAUGGCUAGUCGUCAUUGGGGUGUGCACCCAUUUGGGAUGUGUGCCAAUCGCAAACGCUGGGGACUUCGGAGGCUACUAUUGUCCAUGCCACGGUUCCCAUUAUGAUGCUUCAGGCCGCAUCCGAAAGGGUCCAGCUCCCCUCAACUUAGAAGUUCCUCCUUACGAAUUCCCUGACGAGAACACGCUGGUCGUCGGUUAGAGCCUUCGACUGCUUGUAGCUAAUUCGCUUAUAAUAUUAAUGAUUGUUUACCGGAGAAAACAGCAAGAAAAUUGGAUAACGCGACAAGACGAAAGUGAAAACCGGUUAGCGUAUAAAGUUAAUAUCAAAACAGUAUGAAACUUGAAAGUGUGUUUCGAUAAGAGCUGAAACUGUUCGAUUAAUAAGAAAUUAAAGUGUAACAUCUUAAA